AUGGCACAGAGGAUCUUGGAACCAUUCCGAAAGUUGCCCCACCAAUUACAAAAUCUUGAAAUUGUCAAGCGAAUACAUGAUUACACACUUGGGAAACAUACCGAUAGUUACUCUUGUCACCAGUCUUCUGCUUACGGAUGUCCGGAGUCUCCAAGCGCUUUGGCUUUUGACGAAUUUCUUGGCUUAUUAGCUGUAGGAACAAGUAAAGGAUUAGUAAAAAUAUAUGGCUCACCAGGCAUUGUUUUCACUGUCCAACGAGAGGGUUCUCCGGUUAUUUCUCUUUUGUUUCUACCAGGUGAAGGGCGGAUUGUUUGCGCUUUCGCUGACGGAACGUUAGAUCUUUUUGAAUUGGAUUCUAGAUGUGGACGGUGGGCAUCAACUAGCCGAGUCAAGGUUCAGCAAACCGGUGAACAGGAUCUUGUUACAUGUAUGUGCCUUGGUCAUGGUGUUAUUUACAUCGGUUCUGCAAACGGUACACUACGUCAAGUUGCGGUUAAGGACGGUCAUAUGACUCUAGGAGAUGAUGCACUCACUGCGUGUACAAGUUCAAUUAUCAGCGAUAGUGUCCCCGUAGACAAGCGAGAUCAACUUGGGGUAGACUCUCCGAUUAUAUCCCUUGAAUUACAACCUCAAGGCAAUCAUCUGCUGAUUGCAUACGCAGGGGGCUGUGUGGCAGUGGCUAUUCCUCAGCCUAUUCCAUUGGAAAGCGUUACACAACUAGCUGCUCCUUCGGAUGUUGUCACUGCUCCUACAGCUCAAGGGGAAGUUGUUACCCCAAACGUUGUUGAUGAAUUGGCCCCAACUAUUCCUCAAGAAUCUCAGGGCGAAGCAACACCAGGUGAUAAAAGUGAAGUAAAUGGAGAGAAGUCUCAACCACUUUCAAACGACAGUGCUGUUGAGUCAACUCCCAGUACUCCUGCUAAGGGACAUUCGGAGAAGCGAUCAACCUUAAAGCUUAAGGCGUUAACACGUAGCUUGAGACCUGAUGCGUCUAAAACAGAGAAAGAAGUUGAACCAUCAUUACCUGUACCUCCAGCUCCUCGUAUCAGUCAUUUACUGCUUCGCGACCAACCGGUUGAAUGGGCCUCAUGGCGUGUUACAUCCGUGGACUCCUUAUCUACUGAAGUUGUAGUUGCUUAUGGUGAUGGUGCAUUUCAGGUUUGGCCUAUUGUUGCAGCUGUUAGUGAUCAACCAUUUGAGCCAAUCAUUGUAUCAAUGAUAGAUCCGCCAAACACUCCAUAUGGUCCUCUACCUUGUGGUGCAAUAAAAAAAAUAUUGAUCAGUCCAUCUGCAAAUGCCGGUUUACUAACAGUGUUUUGUGGAGGUUUACCACGUCCCCAAUUUGAGAAUCGUUAUGCAGUGUCUGUCUUACAGGAUCAUGAACAUCAUGUUUGUUAUCAGUUUGGAUCAAAGGUUAUUGAUUUCGUACUUGUACCGAGUGAAGGGAGUGUAUCAAAUGAAACGGUUUCAGGGGAAGUUGUGACUAAACCUUGUCCACCUAGUUAUUCUGCUACAUUAUUAGUGCUUACUGAACGCGAACUUGUUGCUAUUGAUUUAACUCAACCCGAUUGGCCUGUCUACGAUUCACCAUAUUUAAAUUGUAUGGAUUUCACUCCGGUUACAGCUAUAACUCACAUAGGACAGGUUCCACCAGCCCUAAUCCAUCGGCUACACCAAGCUGCUCAGAUAACUUCAGAUGAUAUUACCAAUUGUUCAUGGCCGAUAUGGGGCGGGUCUCAUAAUAGUAACAAGAAUUUUUCACAAAAUCCUGGAAAUGACGUUAUUGUCCUUGGACAUUCAAAUGGAUGGGUUACUUUAUGGGCAAUUGGUCGAGGAGAUACUACAAUUCAUCUGGGAACUUUACCAACAUCAUCUUUGUUUAAUUUAACUGAUUUGCAAAAUGGUCAGAAGUGUGGGAAUUCGAUAUUGGAAGAAGAAACGUGGCCACCCUUUCGUCCAGUUGGUUACUGUUCUCGAGCACAACGUCAAUCUAUCGAGAAUUAUGAUCCACGCUUGGCUAUUACACAAUUACUUGUUCUACUGGGAAGCCCAAUUCGAUCAGGUGUUAGCGAUUCAGUUGCACCGGAUACAUUGACACUCGUUGUGGGUGGUGCUGGUGGUCAAGUGAGCCUAUGGGUUGCUGGUUCAGAAGGAUUUUUGCAUGCACCAGAACUUAGUUCUUUUGAGCCUGAUGUAUUCAGAAUAUGUGUUAACCUCAUUGAUCAUUCAGAUGAGAAUAAAUAUGUUUGGAAAGAUGCUUUAUCUCUUCGACCUACCGAAGGUGUCCCUCAUUAUUGCACACCAACUGGACUAACAUUUCAUCCCUGUCAGCUUAUUCAAUUAAAUCCACCUAGCCAGAUUACAUCUCUUGCAUUGGAGUUGUCUUGGAAUCUAUUGGCCAUUGGUUCUUCACACGGAUUUGUUUUGUUAGACUUAUUUGAUCGUUCUAUAAUUCAUGCUCAUUUCACUUACGAUUCAUCAGGUCCUGCAAAGAUGGUUAAUGCUGUGGCUACUGUACAAAAUGUGAUAAUGGCUCGAGGAAGACAGCUUACAUCAACAAUGAGACAAUCAUUUAGACGUUUAAAACACUUCCGUACUUCAACAGCGAGCUCUGAGAAAAUUUCGAGCGAACCUACUGCACCAGCUGAUGAACAACAGACAACGCCGAAACAAACUGAACAGAGUGUUGACGAAACCUUACCUAAAGAUGAAACUAAAGAAAAAGAUCAGCCUGUUGAACCAAAUGAAAAAAAAGAAAUCCAAGAAAAUGCUGAAGUUGUAGGCGUAACAGAGCAACCAACAACAUCUGUGGAGUCUGAAGAAUCGAAGCAGCAACCAAUAACGGAUAAUGCUGAGGUUGAUGUUCUCCCUGAACCUAUUCAACUGAGUCAAGAGGAUAUAGUAUCAUCAGCUGUUCGUUGUCUCUUGUUUUCUGAAACAUAUAUUCAAGCGGGAGACCGUGCUCCUUCUAUCUGGGUUGGUACAGGUUCAGGUAAAGUGUUGGCUUUUAAUUUGUCAUGGAGAGGUACUGCUGGACCCGUUACGGCAACAUUGUCCAAGGAAUUACAAUUACAUCAUCACUCUCCGAUUGUUUCCUUGUAUAUCAUCGAUGCAGUUGAUCAUGGACCGAUUAUGCAUAGCCAAGCUUACAGGAAUUCCUGCGUCGAAUCAGGUGAAAGCAAUGAAAAACAAGAAUCUACUCAACCGUCUGAAACUCUUGCUGAAGUUCCGAUGGAUGGUGGUAAAGAUACUGAAACACCUAUACAACCAACAUCAACUACACAGGAUAUACAUCAAUUACUUUUAUGUUCUGAGGAACAAGUUAAGUUGUUCAGUAUACCUUCACUUCGUCCACUUUAUAAGCAUAAAUUCAUUGAUCGUCUUCGUAUGCUUGGUAUGUCAGUGACUUCCGGUGCUGGUUCAACUUCUAAACCAGAGAAGGAAGUAACCGAAGAAGCAGGAGAUACAGUUGUCGGUGAGAGCGAGGUUGUAUAUGUGAACACAAGUCAGAUUAAUCCCAAACGUGUGACAGCGUUCGGCCUUCAGAAUUUUACUUCUGGAUCUGGAGAAAAUGCCAAACUUGAAUGGAAUGCUGUUGCAACGCUGCUGGAUGGACAGAUUGCUGUACUGUCCUUGCCUAACCUUCGUAAAGUAUUCAAGGAACGCUGUUAUUCUGGUUAUCUACCUUCAUCCACAUUUCCUUGUGUUGCCACGCGUACAUUUAACACACAUGUCUUCUGGUCCAUAGGAUGUCGUCUUUUAGUAUCCGAACUUAAUCCUAUUCCUUCGUUGAAUUCAUUUGCAGCACCAGUUAGUGAUGUUAUAACGGGUGAUUUUAUUGCAAUCCAUUUACCCGAAUGGGCUAGAACGACUUAUAAAGAUGUACCAGUCGAAAAUGAAAAUUUAAAAAUAUCCAACCAGACAAACUUGGCUUCUGAACCUCUCCAGAGUACUGAGAAUAUUACCACUCACGAGAAAACGAAUGGUUGCGCACCUGUAGUAGAAGAGGAAAUUAUACCUACGAAUAAGAUGAACGAUACUAUACUAGAGAAUGGUCAGAAUAUUGGUGAUGUUACAUUGGAUUCUAUCAAGGAAUAUUUGAAUGGCACUGAUGUAACAAUGGUUGUAAAAACAACUGAACUAUCUACUGAAAAGCGUACUCUUGUAGAAGGUGGGAAAAUUACAACUACCGUUCAUGAAGUAGAGAAGGUUGAUGGUAAAAUUACAAAAGAUGAUGUUGUUAAGUUUGUCGCUGAUGGUGAACCAGAGGUGGUGAGUAUUACAGGCACUGUUUAA